CUUCGAUUGGGAACCAGCCUGGGCAUAUGAUAUGCAGUGUGAGUGUGUUGUUAUGCAGUUACGUCUAGGGCUGCCCGUAGCCUCGCCAAUGAUCGAUCAAAGCCCCCAUUCCAGGUAGCAGAAAAGUGGCGGGACUGUGGGCGUCGGCGAUGUUGGACUAUGGCAGAGGCGAUAUCAGUGAAUCACUCCCAGGACGCUAUGUGCGAAUGUAGUCCGAGCCUAUUCAGGUAUUUCGUGGCUGCGCGCCAACCGCGAAGGAAGGGCUUCGCUGGCUGUUCAUCAUAGAAAUCAGGUACAACGUCGACGCGAAACAUGCAAGUAUGGAGAUCGCCGACCUGAUCCAACCACAGCAACGGCUCAGGUCAAAUGUCCAGCUGUUCAGCGAGAAGAACCAGCUCCAGUCUACUCGAAGCUCUCGGACAGCCCUGGCUGGGGACGAUCGACACUUGACAUGGUAUAUCGAAGCAACUCCGCCGUCAACACGACCAACAACGCCCUCCGGGUCUGUAACAAGCAGCUCAUCAUGCUCCAGUCUCAACAUCGGAUACUGCAAAGGUGACGAGGUCAACCCUCGGCCGCUGGUCAGCGCACAGAGGCUCCAAAGUCGCUUCUACGAGAGCGAUGAUUCCAUUUGUCGGGCCCAAGGAGCAAACAUUGUCAAGACUCCGUUGGAAAGUUCGCACCCUGGAGCCACCACCAGCGUUGUGCCAACAGCUUUUGAUUCGACGACCGUGUUUGACUCUCCGACGCGGAAGCCUUUGGUAAUCGAUCCUUUCCGGGCUGUGUUCAACGUCAUGUUCUCACUCAGUCUCAUUGGGGCUCUCAUCGCAGGCUAUGCCAUAAGCCUGAGAGUUUUCGACCUUGGCAUUACCUCUGUCGGCCUGUACGGCACGCUAUUUCUAAUCGAAUAUACCACUCAGGUGUCUUGUGCGAUUGCCAACCGCAUCACAGUCGAUCGCCUUGCACAUCGUCAAGCAAAGAAAGUGCGCGAGACGGAGGUCUCGAUCGCAGUGGUGGGCUAUCGUGAGGACGAGCAGGCGUGGCGUCACUGUUUACGCAGUCUGCAGCACCAGACGCUUCGACCCAAAUGCGUGAUUGGUGUGGUUGACGGCGACGACGAGCCGGACCUCAGCAUGGCAAACGCUUUCGUCGACGAGUUUCAGUCGAUGGCCGCCCCUCUGAUCCGUCUUCCCAUCUUAUUGUCCGAUCUACACCGCAACACCUACUUCAGCAAUAUGCCCCUGGACACUCGUUCCCUUCUCGCCAAAGCAGGCAGCUAUCUGAGCGGCCGCUAUCGACCGGGCCACGCUGAGGCUCUCGCGCUCGCGAGACAAGCCGUUAUGAACCAAGUGCUCGAAUGGGACCGGAAGUGGAGUAUCAGCAGUAUGGAAGCAGUAUGCUUCAGCCAACCGCACGGUCACAAGCGUACCGCCAUGUUCACUGCCUUCUCGAUCAGCCUGUGGGCACUGCGGACCCGAGACGGCGUAUUUACAACGGAUUCGGACACGCUCGUGCAAGAAGACGCUCUGGACGAAAUGCUUACGCUAUUGCACUCUUCGCCCAACAUUGGCGGCGUGACGGCCGACGUGAAGAUCUGGAACCGCGCGGAAAGCCUUCUGACGCGACUGUGCGCGGCUCGAUAUUGGUUUGCCUUCAACAUCGAGCGCGCAUGCCAAUCCACCUGGCGCUGCGUUGGCUGCCUCUCGGGCCCCAUGAGCAUGUAUCGCUCGUGCGACCUCGACACGAUCCUCGGGCCGUGGAAUUUACAGACGUUGGGCGGUAAGUCGACCACUUUUGGCGACGACCGUCACUUGACGAAUCGGCUUUUAGCUCUAGGGUUGAAGACUUGCUACACGCACCGCACCUGGUGCGAGAGUGAAUCUCCUACCACGUUUGUGCGAUGGAUCUCGCAGCAAACCCGAUGGAGUAAAUCCUUCUUUCGCGAGGCUUUCUGGUUCCCUCCCAGCUUCGCCUUUCACUCGCCCUGGCUGCUCUUGGAGACCACGAUCCAAACAUUGUACCCCUUCAUUCUGGUGGCGACCAUAUUCGACUUGCUCUUCGGCUCGUCGAAUAAUCAGUGGCGUCCUCUCAUCUGGGUCAUUGUCAUGUUUGGUCUUGCUUUGGUCAAAUGCAUAGUAGCGCUCUGCAUAAGCUGUGACCCAUGGCUUCUGCUAUUCUCGACCUAUAGCUUCAUUUACUUCUUCGGAUUGCUGCCCACCAAGCUCUGGGCUCUCGUGACCAUGAACUACACGGGAUGGGGCACCUCUGCGCGUUCCUCCACCGAACGGAGACGCGAACAGUCUGUCUGGCAACGUACAUUCCACGUCGGACAUCUCGCAAUCUGGUAUAUCGCCAUCUUCGUCGGGCUGGGAUUCUUCAUCAGUAGACUGUGUGGUAACCUGGUAUUCCUGUCGGUCGGUGCUGUUGCGUUCCUCCUUACGAUAUUCCUCUACUGGGGCUCUGCUGAGGUGGUCCAGUGCGGCGUCCAGAUCAAAAAGUGCCUCGCGAGAAUAGGGGUCCGACGCAAAUCACCAUCAGGGGCAUGGGCAGCCAGCGCAUGGGCCGCGGACAGCUCGCUCGAGAAGCCUCCGAAGGCGUACUUGGGUCGGCCAGAGAGCGGAUAA